AUUUACGAGAUGUGCAUAAACCUGCGAUAAACCCUACUUCCAAAUUUCACACCAAUCUUAAACAGCCGAGUGGAAACCCGAAGGACGGAGUAGGCGGGAAAGGCCGCUGCUCAAAUAAUCGAAUAAAUUCCUCAAAUUCAACGAGAACUGAUCUCAAGUGGGCAGAAAUUUUCUCUUCUGAUCCAUUUAGGGUUUUAAGUUUCCUGAUAAUGCCUUCGUUUCCCCCUCCUGGGUCUGUUACCGUCUGCGAAAUCAAUCGCGACCUCAUCACCGCCGAUUUCCUCUCCGAUGAUCGAGCAAACGAUACUUAUGGGAAAGUCCUUGGUAUGGUGUUUAGUCCUGUUCCAUUUCAGUCGGAAUUUUUGGUGUCGCCAACUCCUGAACCGAGCACCGAGCCGCGGAACGAGGAAGCAAAUGGCGAGAUUGCUCAGAGGAAGAGUGUGAUUGCAUCGUUGCAGGGAUUCCUCGAGGGGUCUAUCAAGCGGUUUUUUCGUCCUAAUGAUGUAAAAUACUUACCAGCAGAAUAUCUUCAAGGAGUGAGUUGGCACCAGCAUAAGCAUAUUAUAGCAUUCAUAUCUGGGAUGAAUCAAGUUGCUGUCCGUGAUUAUGAAAAUGCAGAUGUAAAAGACCCUUGCAUUUUGACCCAUGACUUGCAAAGAGAUGUUAAAGUACUCGAAUGGAGACCAAAUGGCGGGAGGACUCUAUCUGUUGCAUGCAAGGGUGGAAUUUGCAUCUGGGCUGCUUCUUUCCCAGGAAAUUCGGCUUGUGUGAGACCUGGUGCUGUGUCCUUCUUAGGAUCGUUCUCAAGAGGCUCUGGAGUUCGAUAUACUCUAGUUGAUUUUCUUCAAAGUCGUGACGAACAGAUUAGUGCCCUGUCAUGGAGUCCUGAUGGAAGAUAUCUAGCAUCUGCCUCUUAUGAGAGCUCUUCUUUUACCAUUUGGGAUGUCGCUCAAGGGUUGGGAACGCCCAUUCGGCGUGGAUUGGGGUGUGUAUCAACAAUCAAGUGGUCACCUACUGGAGAUUACUUUUUUGCUGCGAAAUUUGAUGGGACAUUUUAUCUUUGGGAAACGAACACAUGGACAUCUGAACAGUGGUCUACAACAAGUGGUUUUGUCACGGGAGCAAUAUGGGAUCCUGAUGGACGUAUGAUACUACUUGCUUUCUCUGAUUCUUCAGUAUUGGGUUCUAUUCACUUUGCAUCGAAGCCUCCAUCAUUAGUACAACAUGUGAACAUGUGGGUUGCACAUCUGUUAGCUGUUGACUUGCCAGAGAUAACUACACUGACAAACAGCAAGGGUAUCGAAAAGAUAGCAUGGGAUACUUCGGGAGAGCGGCUGGCUGUGUCUUUCAAGGACGGAGAUGAAUUAUAUAAUGGCCUGAUCGCAGUAUAUGAUGUUAAAAGGACCCCCCUUGUCUGUCCAUCAUUGAUCGGCUUUAUUAGAGGACCUGGAGACAAUCCAAAGCCAGUUGCAUUCUCAUUCCAUGGCAAGUUUAAGCAGGGACCUUUGCUUUCAGUGUGUUGGAGCAGUGGAUUUUGCUGCACUUAUCCUCUCAUGUUCCGCUCUCAUGUUGUUCCUUAGUUGUGGUUCUCUUCAGUCCUAGUUUUGUAGGAUACUGGUGCUUUCAAGGAGAAGAGGGUUUUUGUAUCCUGUUGUACAGUUUUUGAUGCUGCAAAUCCUACGGUACCGUCUUCAACUCUUGCCUUUGCCAUUGAAAAAGAAAAAAAGAAGAAAGAAAAGUUAUCUGAUGGGUUUGUUUGCACUAAAGUUUUGAUGCCAAUGGAUGUCUCUAAGGGAGGAUUAAGGAAAUUAUGUUAUCUGUAUUAAAUGUUUGACAUAUUAGUUAUACGAGAUCGAUUGAUUGCAUAAAGGCUGUAGUAGCAACGGAAAAUGCAAAUCCCUUAUGAUAUGCCAAAUAUUUUCAUAACUUUAUCAAGUAAUAUUACACCACUUCAGCGAUUAUGUGA